AUGUUAGAGUCCUUAGCUGCAACUUUGUUGAACAGGCUAUUAGGAUCUUAUGUUGAGAACUUUGAUCCCGAUCAAUUGAAAGUGGGUAUAUGGAGUGGUGAUGUUCAGUUAAGGAAUUUGACGCUAAGAAAGGAUUGUUUAGAUUCUCUCGAUUUACCUGUAGAUGUCAAGUACGGUGUCUUAGGUGAUCUAGUAUUGAACGUUCCUUGGUCUAGUCUUAAAAAUAAACCAGUUAAUAUAUUUAUUCAAGACUGUUAUUUAUUAUGUAUCCCAAGAGAUUUACACUCUUAUUACUCUCAAGAAUCAUUAGAACGUGAGUUUAGGCAAAAAUUGAAAAAGCUGAUGCAAUGGGAGCUUGCCAAUAAAGCAAGAAAGAGUCAAACCAUUGCCUCCAAGACAGAAGGGUCUGAAAAUGAAUCAUUUAUGCAAUCUUUAAUAACCAAAGUUAUUGAUAAUAUUCAAAUUAGUAUUAAAGACAUUCACAUCAGAUACGAAGAUUCUACUUGUAUUUUCUCUCCUAUUCCAUCUUCUAUUGGAAUUUCUCUCCAUGAAUUAUCUGCAGUUUCAACAGAUUCCAAUUGGACACCUAAAUUCAUUGAAACCACACAAUCCAUUACACAUAAAUUAUUGACUCUGGAUUCCUUAAGCAUAUACUGGAAUACUGAAACUAAUGAGUUCGUAAACAUGAAUGAUGUUGACCCCAUUCGAUUUUUAGAAAGUUUUAGGCAAUAUAAUGACGACAAUAGAAAAUCAUACCAGUAUUUAUUAAAACCUGUAACAGGCAUGGGUAAGUUGAGUAUAAACAAACUUGGAACUACAGAAGCUCAACCACAUCUUGAUUUACAGCUGAUUUGUAACCAAUUUGGGUUAGAAUUAGACGAUGCACAAUACUCAAGCUUCCUACAUUUUAUAUCAAUAUUAGAAGUUCAACGAGCUACUCAAAAACUUAAGAAGAAUAGACCAACAUACACUGUAACCGAAAAUCCAAGGGGAUGGUUCAAAUAUGUUGCAUCGUGUGUUCAUGAAGAAAUUCAUGAAAAGAAUACUAUGUGGACAUGGUCACAUAUCAAAAAAGCAGCAGAUAGUAGGAAGGAGUAUAUUGAUUUGUGGAUGGAAAAACUAAGAUCUGGAGAUAUUGAAAAGCCUUUAAGUAACACAAUAAAGGAGGAAUGCUUAAUAAACCUGGAGAAGGAUUUGAAUUUCGAUACCAUUGUUCUUUAUAGAUCAAUCGCAAAUGGGAAAUAUAUUGAAAGUAGACUAGCCUCAAAGGAAGGUACUCCAACCUCCUCAGAACCUUCAUUACCUCAACCAAAUCAAGAAACUAAACCUGGUACCUGGAUUUCUUCAUGGUGGAGUGGAGAUGCUAUGACUACCCAACAGGACAAUUUGGUUCUCACGGAAGAGCAGAAGAAAGAAUUGUAUGAUGCCAUUGAAUUUAAUGAUCAAUUACAGAGCAACUUAAAAAAUAAACAUGUUGAUAGACACUUAACCCAGAUGAGGGUUACUGGUUUAUUGAGGAAAGGUUUUUUGAUCCUUAAAAAUAAAGAAAAAAAUGUCCGUCUAGGUACAAUGACAUUCCAGAAUUGUAAUUUAGAAUUCCAGAAUAGAGAAGAUUCUAGUUUAACAAAUUUUAAGCUUCAAGAAUUUAAAGUUGAAGAUGGCUCCCCAAAUAGUGUUUUCAAGGACAUAAUUUGUUCCAAAGAAGUGGUUGGAGAUAAUGAUACAACCCUAAGUGAACCGCUGUUCCAGGUUUUAUAUGAAUCUAACCCAUUGGAUGGAUUAGCCGACUCUCGGGUCGAUUUAAGAUUACUAGGAACAACUGUCUUUUAUCAUGUACAUUUCAUUUCUGAAAUUAUGAGGUUCUUCAAACCUAAAUCAAACCAAAUGGAUUCGGUAACAGCUAUUAUUAACGCAGCAAGUACCACUGUUGAAAGUUGGACAACCCAGACUAGGAUGGGAAUAGAAUCACUACUUGACGAGCAUAAGACUGUUGAUUUAAACUUAGAUCUGCAGGCACCUUUGAUUAUUAUUCCUUUGAAUCCGUUUUCGUGGAAAACACCUUGUGCCCUUAUCGAUGCAGGUCACAUAUCCAUUGUUAGUGAUUUGGUUUCCAAAGAAAAAAUUUCAGAGAUCAAAGAAAUGUCUCCCAGUUCCUAUGAUAAAAUUGAUGGAUCAGAUAUUAAUAGACUGAUGUUUGAUAGAUUCACAUUAAAGUCGCAAAAUACCCAGAUUUUAAUUGGUUCUGAUAUAACUGACACCCUAGAUAAUUUGAAUAAGUCUUCUUCUGGCAAUCGAUUCUAUAUUUUGGAGAAGAUGCAACUUGAUAUCAUAAUCGAUGUCUCCAUUUUACCAAAGGCUCUCAGAUUACCAAGAAUAAGAAUUUCAGGGCAUUUGCCUAAAUUAUUUAUGGCUUUCAAUGAUUAUCAAUACAAAAUAUUCUUGGAUUUAGCUCGUAAUAUAAUUCCUCCCGUUAAUGAUUUCGACGUAAACGCGGACUACUAUGAAUCAAAGAAUGGACAGCUGUCAUCAGAAGAGCAACAGUUGGAACAAGAAAACUUGAGAGCAACUGUUGAAUCUCUUACAGGUUUGUCUGAAUUGGAACUGGAACAAAAAUUUCUCGAUAUUCAUUUUGAUGUUGAUGAAGCUCAGUUUUCUUUGCAUCAGUGUUCAGACAUUAAUACUAUGGAAAAUAAAAAGUUAAUAGACUUGGUUUUUACAGAUUAUAAUUUUACAUUUGAAAAGAUGAUGAAACAGAUAAAUGUCAAUAUGAGUGUCCAUUCUGUGGCUGUUGAAGACCACAUUGUGGAUACGGAUUUUGCCGAGUUUAGAACACUAAUCAGUUCAGAAUUGAAUAGUAAAAAAGGCAAUAUUAUGACAAUUGAGUAUAAAAGGACACAGAGGAUUGUUACUCAUGAGGAUAGCUUAAUAGAGGUAUACGAUCAAGAUAUAUUUAUAAGUGCAACAAAGAUGAAGUUGAUCUUAACUCCAAAAUCAAUUUUGAGCUUAAUGAACUAUAUGGUAUUAACAUUUACAGAUCCUAAUGCUCCAGAAGUUCCUGCCGAUCUUUUGAAACACAACGACGAAAACCAUGACGAUUCACCACAGCAGUUAAAGCUUAAAUUUAAAUAUGAAGGUAUGGAUAUUAUCCUAAAUGAUGAUUCUAUGAAACUAGCUACAUUUACUCUUUCUUCAGGUGAAUAUGAUCUCCUACUUCUACCAGAAUCAAUGAAGUUUAAUAUGAACUUUGAUGGUGUUGAACUUGUCGAUGAAAUAAAUGAAGGUGUUGGUAAAGACAGUGUAUUCAGGAAGUUGAUAAGUAUGAAUAAUCAAGACCUUGUGGGAUUACGCUACGAGAAAUAUGACGCAACAACGAAUAAGAACAAUUAUGACUCUAUGCUAGUAUUAUCUGCAGGUGCGAUGUUUAUUAAUUUUAACAAAGAGUCAAUAAGGAGAAUUGUGCUAUUUUUGAAGAAAUUCCAAAAGAUGAAGACUUAUUUUGAUAGUUUGCGUCAAGCAGCAUAUAAUCAAGCCCCAUCUUUUUCGACAGUUAACAAUAUGAAAGUUAAUGUUAGUGUUAAAGCCCCGAUCAUUCAAUUCCCAAGAUUAACACCUUACACGAAGGAUAAGGUCGAUAGUAUUAAGUUUUAUUUGGGUGAAAUAUUUAUUGAAAAUGACUUCAUUGAGUCAAGUACCAAAAAUAUUAUUAACCAUAUUAAAUUAGGUCUUAGAGACGGACAGAUAGCGUCAUUGUUUCAUUUAAAGAAUAAUAUUUCACAAGAUCUAUAUAUUGCGGAUGGUAUGUGUAUAAAUUUUGAUAUCAGUCACAAUCAAGAAAAAAAUAACAUCUCACCAGUUUUUAAAAUUUUGGGUAAAUUAGAUCCAUUAUCGUUAAAUGUGACUGAAUUACAAUUGAGUUAUCUAUUUGAUAUUAUUAAUCUUUUAGAGGCAACUUUUAUCUUACCAGAUGAAGAAAUUUUAACCAGUGCGAUAUCCACAGAACUAAGUACAGAACUAGAUACCCACUCUGAUUCAGAGUAUGAUAUUACUGGGACUAGUAGUUUGUCUCCGGAUCCCUCAUCUCCAUCGAAUUUAUCUGACGGAGAGCACAGCACUUAUAAUAGCAUUGAUUUCAAAUUUUCUGCACCUUCCAUUUCUUUGGCAUUAUAUGACAAUACUGACUCCUGCUCAAGUAUAGAAAAGAAAAGUUUGACCAAAGUAAUGAUACAGGAUAUGGCAUCAAGUAUUAUCGUUCAUACCAAUGGUUCAUCUGAAGGUAAUGCUCACAUUGCUUCUUUUACUGUAAAGGAUACCCGUGAUAAUAAAGAUAACAAGCAUCCAGAGCUUAUUCAGAGAUUUAGCUCUGAAGAAUAUCAAUUUUCUGCCUCCGUUUCUCGAAAGAUCGUUUCGAAUAAAUUAAUUACGAAUAUAUCUAGUACCAUUCACAAUCCGCGCAUUAUCCUAGCGUUGGAUCAUAUAUUUGCAAUCAAGCGUCUAUAUGAUACGGUAAUGGCUCCCAGGAACUCCAUGAAGCAGUCUUCAUCUAACGCUCCAGCUAAAGUGAUUUCAGACUUAGCGGAUACCAAAGAUAUUAAUAACUCACAGGAGAGUAGUACAUGGCAAUAUUCAUUUAACGUAAUUGAUGCAGCAAUAAUUUUAUUAGCAAAUCCAUCAGAAUUGGAUUCGGAAGCUGUUGUUUUCAGAGUAGACCAAUUUUUGUUCACAGAACAAACUAUAAUAUCUCUUUCGGCAAAUAAUAUUGGCAUGUUCUUAUCGAGGAUUAAUGACUUGGAAAAAAAUAAAGUGAGACUUAUAGAUAAUUUCUCAUCCUCUUUAAUAAUUGACAGGAGGGAUACUACACCUCAAAAGCUCCUGACAAAAAUACAUGCGUCUGUUGAACCUUUAGUUAUGCGUAUUUCCCUUAGAGACAUCCGUCUUGCAAUACUGAUAUUUAACAACGCUAUUUCAUUGAUGGACAUCAAUAAAAUUGGUUCGAAGGACGAAACAAACAGUGAAAUGGAGGGGACUAAAGGUAUCUUUUCAAAAGAGUUUGAAAGACAUAUGAAAAAAUAUAUUCCGAGUUUGAAAAGUGUUGGUUCUGAGACAACAGACGUAGUUCCAUUAGACAGCAUGGUUAAGCAAACUAGUACCGGUAUUAUCUUGAAAGGUGAGGCAUUCGAUGCAGAUUUUGGGGGGUGUAGAAUCAUUUUAUUAGGUGAUGUACACGAAAUGCCGAUUAUUGAAACACAAGUAGGUGCCUUUACAAUUAACGCCUCAGAUUGGUCUACUGCUUUUGAUGGUUCGACAAAUAUUGAGGCUGCCAUAAACGUUUUUAAUUAUUCUAGAUCUAGCUGGGAACCAUUAGUUGAGUCAGUUCCUAUUGGUUUAUAUAUAAAGCGAGGGACAGAGAAUACUUCAUCCAUGAAGUUCGAUAUAAUUGCCAGGAAGAACACCGAAAUUACAUUGUCCUCAAGAGCAAUUGCGAUGCUUUCGAGCAUUCCAAAAUCUCUAAAUGGUGAAGUACAUUUAACUCCAAGAGGUUCAAAGAAACCAUAUAGAUUAAUAAAUGAUUCAGGAUUAGAUUUGAAAGUCUGGAUAUCAGACUCAGCUAACAGAGAAAAUAGAGAAGGAUUGGUAUACCUUAAGGCUAACUCGACUGAACCCUGGGAAUUUGAGGAUUGGAAAUCCAUUAGAGAACGUUUAGAUACGGAUAGGACAAAAAGUAUCUUAGGGGUUAAUAUUGAUAAUUCUGCAUAUACCAGUACAAUGACCAUUGAUGCUACUUUUGAAGGUGAAUUAUUACAUGUUUUACAUCCUGCAGUAGACCAAGUUCAUAACAGAAUUAUUUGUGAAUUGAAAUGUAACGAUGAUAACGUAAAGGAUAUAACUUUUAGAUCAACAUUGUUAUUGGAGAAUAUAACAGGUAUUCCAUUGAAUUUUAGAGUAGUUAAAUUAAGCGAUGAUAAAACAGUAGAAUUUCAAAUAAACCCUUCCGAAAGUCGUUCUGUUCCAGUUGAGUAUGCUUAUGCAUCUAACAUAUAUGUGCAACCAGUAACCAAAAAGAAAUUUGGGUGGUCUUGUCAUCCGAUUGUAUGGAAGAAGCUUUUGGAUGUACCAGCCUCCAUUGAUUGUGAUACAGUAGAUGAAAACGAUCAAGACCAGAUAUUUUUUGAAGUGAAUGCAAAAUACGAUAAAAGGGAACCGCUGGCUAAAAUAUAUCCUCAUAUGAAAAUCACUGUUUCCCCAUCUAUUAUCAUUGAGAACCUGUUACCUUGUGAUAUUGACUUUUCGAUAUUUAGUAAACAGGCAGAAAUAAGAAAUAUUAAGCACCUCGCCAAAUCAGAAAAGAUGACAGUUUAUGAUGUAUCAUUAAACGAAUUUUUGUUACUGGCAAUUAAACCGUUAGUUGAUGACACACCUAUGUCAAAACCUUCUAUAAUUAAUACGCCAAAAAAAUCGCAGCUACAAUCUGAAAGGGCCAUUACAUUACGUAUGCCAAAUGGUCAACAACUACAGGUCUACCUGAAAUAUCUGAGUAUUGAAGGUAGUAGGGCCAAAACGAUUAAGAUUUACUCUCCAUACAUUAUUAUGAACUGUACAGAUAGAGAUUUAUACAUGGAAGGAUCGUUUGGGAAUAUUUUGCAGUCCAAGAUUAGUGUUGAGGACGGGAACAGAUUCACCAUACCAAAGAUGUUUUCAUACGAUAUUGACGGUGACAAAAAUAAUAGAGCCAGAAUAAGAUUUAGAGAGACAGAUUGGAGUACCCCAUUAUCUUUGGACGCUAUUGGACAGUCAUUUGAUGUUACAAUGGGUAUACUUAACAAAGCAUUGGAAUGUAAUCUUGGUAUAGAUAUUACAGAAGGUACCGGGAAGUAUUCUUUGAGUAAAGUGGUAACAAUUUCGCCACGUUAUAUUGUCAAAAAUGAAUUACCUUUCCCAAUAGUCGUUUGUGAAACAGGUUCUGUAAAUUCUACCGAGAUGACUUCAGGAGGUUCUGUCGCCUUGUAUAACUUAAGGAAUAUCGUUAAUAAACAAUUAGUCUUAAAGAUGCUAGGUUCUAAUUCUGAGUGGACAGCCCCUUUCUUUAUCAAAGAUAUCGGAUUAACAUAUUUGAAGCUACUACAAGAAGACGGUACACAUAUGUUGUUAAAGUUAGAAGUCACAUUAAAUCAGGCAACGAUAUUCGUUAGAAUUAAGGAUGGAGAAAACCUAUGGCCAUAUUCGAUAAGAAAUUUUAGCGAUAACGAUUUUAUAUUUUAUCAAAGAGAUCCUUCAGUGAUAGAUGAAUACUACGACGUAGAACCGGAAGAAGAAAAAUACAAUAACGAAUAUAAGCCAUUGUAUUACAAAGUUCCUGCCAAGAGUGUGAUGCCAUAUGCUUGGGACUAUCCAACAGCUAGGCAGAAAAAGAUCGUAUUACUGGUCAGGGGGCGAAAGAGAGAAAUACAAUUGGCAGAAAUAGGUACCCAAAAACCAAUGCGUUUACCUGCCCGGGUGGCUAAUGAACAACCAGCAAUUGUAGACCUCAACGUUAUUGCUGAUGGCCCCACUCAAGCGUUAGUAAUAUCCAAAUAUGACCCAAUUUCAAGUAUUUACAAGUUACGUGAUGUACCAGUUUCGUCCAAUAAUAGUUUAACUCAAGCAAGGGUCAGUAGCAGAGCUGUUGGGUCUAGUCCUUCUUUGGCUAGUACACCUGAUCUAUUUGAAACAGAAGAAGAAGACAACAAAAUUAUAAAGAGCAUAUCUAUUAAUAUUGCUGGAUUCGGUGUUUCCUUAAUUAAUAAACAAUUGAAAGAAUUGGCAUAUGUUAGCGUCAAGGGUCUUGAAUUGACAUUCAAAGAUAGCGAUUUAUAUCAAACAUUCGGAUGGAAAAUAAAAUGGAUGCAGGUUGACAAUCAAAUCUUCGGGAGUGUUUACCAAAACGUUUUGUAUCCUACGGCAAUAACAAAGAGUACAGAAGAUCUUGAUUCCCAUCCAAUAUUUUCUGGGUCUAUUUCUAAAGUCAAAGAUGAUUCUUUUGGAUUACCAUAUUUCAAACAUCUAACGUUUUUACUGCAAGAAUUUUCAAUACAGUUGGAUGAGGAUUGGGUAUACGCAAUGAUCGAUUACAUGAAAUUCCCUGGAUCUCCAUUAUACAGUGAUUUGACCAGCGUUCCUUUAAAAGAGAGAAACUCGUUACCUAAAGUUGAGGAAUUAAAUUUCUCAAACGAUGUUUAUUUUGAAAUGUUUCACAUCCAACCUACGAUCUUACACUUAUCGUUUGUUAGUUCUGAGGAUACCAAAUCAGGUGAGGAUGAAGAAAAUGAGAACGGCUCAAUAGAUGAAUAUAAGGAUAAUGUUGAUGAGAGUUCAUCUGCCUCGGUAUUUUUACUACAUGUUCUGACAAUGACUGUAGGUAAUGUGAAUGACGCACCAAUUAAGUUGAAUGCCCUUUUCCUUGACAAUGUAAGAGUUCCGAUUCCACUGCUCAUGCAAUCUGUGAAGACUCAUUAUAGCCAACAAUUUUUCUAUCAGAUCCAUAUGAUUCUUGGUUCCGCCGAUUUCCUGGGUAAUCCUGUUGGAUUAUUUAAUACUAUUAGUUCAGGUGUAUGGGACUUGUUUUAUGAACCGUAUCAAGGCUAUAUGUUGAACGAUCGUCCACAAGAUAUUGGGGUGUUUAUUGCAAAAGGUGGUUUAUCUUUUGCCAAGAAGACUGUAUUUGGUCUAUCUGAUAGUAUGGCAAAGAUGAGUGGUUCGAUGGCUAAGGGACUUUCUGUUACUCAAGAUAGUGAUUUCCAAGCUACAAGAAAAUUACAACAAAGAAUGAAUGCAAAUUCAAGAAAUGUCUUUUCAACUUCAGCCCAGUCGUUUGCUAGUACUCUAGGAAGUGGAUUUGCUGGUGUUGCUCUUGAGCCACUCAAAGGUGGUCAACGUGAAGGCGCUAGUGGGUUCUUUAAGGGGUUAGGAAAGGGUCUUGUAAGUUUACCUACAAAGACAGCUAUCGGAUUCUUAGACCUUACAAAUAAUUUAAGUCAAGGUGUGAAAAGUUCUACGACUAUAUUACAGGCUCAAAAUGAUCAAAGUGUUAGACUACCUAGAUAUGUCAAUCAAGAUCAAAUUAUUCGUCAAUAUGAUUUACGAGCAGCCCAGGGACAAUAUUGGCUUAAAUCAGCUAACGGUGGGUUAUUCCAAGAUGAUCGUUAUUUAGCACAUACUGUAUUACCUGGUAAAGAAUUAAGUGUCAUUGUGUCAAUGGAACGUAUAACAGAGAUCCGUAUGGCGACCCAAGAAGUAAUGUGGGGGAUUGAAUACCAUACCAUCCAAGGAAUUACUUUGGAACGAGGCGGAAUAAGAAUUAAGUUAAAGACUCAGAGUGAGUAUUUCAUCCCUAUUGAGGAUCCGCAAGAGAAACGGUCCAUAUACAAGAGCAUUAGUAUCGCUGUGGUCGAAUACAACAAGUUUUGUGAAGCGGUGUUGUGA